AUGGCACCUAGUAAGCAAUGGAUGCAGCUUGUUGAUAAUCGGCUCGAUAAAGCCUACUUAAUCGGAGUGCAAAAGUGUUUGGAUUAUGCUUUUCAGAAAACGGGAGAAGAAUAUGAGAUACGAUGUCCAUGUGUCAAAUGUUGUAAUACAACUUUAGGAACUCAUAAGACAGUUGAGACACAUUUGCAAGUAUACAGAAUAAUUCAAAAUUAUACUUUUUGGUAUCAUCACGGGGAAAAUUUAGGUGAGCCACUAUCAGAAUCGGAAGAUGAAGAUGGUGAUGAACUAGAAGAAUGUGAAAGUGAAGAUGAAGUACAAGAACUGUUGAGAGAUAUGUAUCCUAAUAUUGAUGGAAGAACCGUGCACACUGAUUGUGAUAAUUUAAUUGAGGAGGAACCAAAUAUUGAAGCAAAAAGAUUUUACAGGCUAUUAAAGGAUUUCGAACAGCCACUGUACCAAAAUUCAAAAGCUUCAAAGCUUUCCUCUUUGAUUAAAUUGCUUCACAUCAAAAGCAUGGGUCGUUGGAGUAAUGAGUCAUUUACAAUGUUAUUGAAAAUGUUAAAAGAUGAGUUGUUACCUGAUGGCGCCAAUUUGCCAAAAUCAUAUUAUGAGGCAAAGAAGAUAAUUCAAGACCUUGGCCUUUCCUACAACAAAAUUGAUGCUUGUACUAAUAAUUGCAUGUUAUAUUGGAAGGAGGAUAGCUUACUUGAUUCUUGCAAAGUUUGUGGUGCGUCUAGAUGGAAAAUAGAUAGACAAAGCGGGGAAACAAGGAAUAAAAAAGGUAAGAAGAUAGAAGCAAAGACUUUACGCUAUUUUCCAUUAAAGCCUAGGCUUCAGAGGUUGUUUAUGUCUAUAAAGACAUCUAGUUUAAUGACAUGGCAUACGGAUAAAAGAGUUGAUGAUGGAAUAAUAAGGCACCCAGCUGAUUCAAUGGCGUGGAAGUCAUUUGAUGAACUUCAUCCUUCAUUUGCGGUUGAGCCUCGUAAUGUCCGAUUUGGACUUGCUAGUGAUGGAUUUCAGCCAUUUCGGAAUUCAAAAACCUCAUAUAGCAUUUGGCGUGUGGUUCUUAUUCUUUAUAAUUUACCACCUUGGUUGUGUCCAAAUAGUCCAGGCGAUGCUAUUGAUACAUAUCUUCAACCUUUAAUAGAGGAAUUGAAGGAGUUGUGGGAAGUUGGCAUUGAGACAUUUGAUGCAUCAUCUAAACAGAAUUUUAAGCUGCAUGCUUCUUUGUUAUGGACCAUCAAUGACUUUCCAGCCUAUGGAAAUUUAUCUGGAUGGAGUACAAAAGAAAAAUUGGCAUGCACAUAUUGCAAUAAAGACACCUCCUCUAUUCGAUUGGCUAAUAGUAAGAAGCAAUGCUUUAUGGGUCAUCGACGCUACCUUCCUCUUAGCCACAAAUGGAGGAAUGACAAGGAUUCAUUUGAUGGUACAAAAGAGAAAAGGCUCCCACCAAAAAUGCAUUCUGGUAUUGAGAUACUUAAUCAAGUGCAAGAUCUUGAAGGAUACAAUUAA